UCAGAAAGAUAUGGAGUCUGGAGAGCGGUUAACGUCAUCAUCAGUCUCCUCUGCUGCAGCUGCUUCCACUCCAGCAUCUUCAACACCAUCGGUAACUUCAGAAGUAUCGAAAGGUGGAGCUGCGACACUGAGCUCCACCAUCAACACAUGUGAAUGGUGGCGAACAGCAGACACGCACUCUCAUCCUGGGGCAGCUUUUUUCCCACCACUCUUGGGAAUUCCCACACUGUUUGCUCCUCCUGCACAGAAUCAUGAUUCUGCUUCAUUCCACUCAAGAGCUACAGGAAAAAGUAGUCGGAGCAAUAAAGAAAAAGGUAUAAAUGGAUCACUGAAUGGUAAUAGUACCACUGCAGUCUCAGCUCUCAGCACAUCUGUGCUCUCCACUAGCAUUACAACAUCGGCAGGAGCAGUGAAAACUGUAACCUCAGGAGCUGGAGGACGAAAAUACAACCAGGAGCAAAGCAAAGUUCAGCUGUUGGACACCAGGGCUGACAAAAUCAAAGAUAAGAAGCCCAGAAAAAAAGCAGUGGAAAGCUCUAGUAACAGCGACAGUGAUUCAGGCUCCUCUUCAGACACCUCAAGUGAAGGUGUAAGUAGUAGUGACUCUGAUGACCUAGAGGAGGAUGAAGAGGAGGAGGAGGAGGAGGACCAGAGUGCUGAAGAGAGUGAGGAUGAUGAAUCUGAUUCUGAAAAUGAAGCACAUCACAAAAGCAAGAACAAGGUGCUAAUGCAUAGUAGUGUAUCAGAUACGAAAACCGAUGGACAGAAAUCACAGGAAAAGUCUCAAGAAAAAAGAAUACACCAGCAGAUACCUCUUGUGUCUGAUUCCCAGACUCACUCAUCAUUCCAGUCCCAGCAGAAGCAGCCUCAGGUUUUGUCACAGCAGCUUCCGUUUAUUUUUCAAAGCUCUCAGGCGAAGGAGGAAUCUGUGAACAAACACACAAGUGUAAUACAGUCUACGGGAUUGGUUCCUAAUGUGAAACCUUUGUCUUUGAUACAUGAAGCCAAAAAGGAGACCUAUCUAAAACUCGUAGUUCCUUCCCCUGAUCUACUGAAAGCAGGGAAUAAAAAUACCUCUGAAGAAUCUCUCACUUUGACCAGCGAUGUUAGAUCUAAACGGGAACAAUAUAAACAGACAUUCCCAGCAGCACAGCUAAAGAAACAGGAGUCGUCUAAGAGCCUGAAGAAGGUUAUUGCAGCUUUGUCAAGCCCCAAGCCAACAUCUAGUUCACCAGCUCAUCAAAAACUCACAUCCUUGGAAAAUAACCAUUCUAACCCAUUCCUGACAAAUGCACUUUUAGGUAAUCACCAGCCCAAUGGAGUUAUUCAGAGCGUCAUCCAGGAGGCUCCUCUUGCGCUCACUACGAAAGCAAAACCCCAGAGCAAGAUCAGUGAAAGUGUAGCCAUUUCUGGUAGUGCCCCCUUUUCUUUGCCAGUAAACUUGGGUGCAUGUGGGAAGAAGACAACUGGUAACCGGACAGCUGCUGUGCCCUCUACCUCUCCUGUGUUACCUGGUUCAGGAAAGGAUAAAGCAGUCAGCAAUAAUGCAGUAAAUGCAGUAAAACCACAACACCACCUUCAUUCUGCAAAACUGGUGGUGGAGCAGUUCAGAGGGGUAGACUCAGAUGCCCCCAGCAGUAAAGACUCUGACGACUCAAAUGAUGAUGACGACGAUGAUGAAGAUGAAGAUGAGGACGAUGAAGAAGAUGAUUCUGAUGAUAGCCAAUCAGAGUCUGACAGUAAUUCUGAGUCAGAUACAGAAGGGUCUGAGGAGGAGGAAGAUGAUGAGGAUGAUAAAGACCAAGAUGAAUCGGAUACCGACACUGAGGGAGAAAAAACCCCACUGAAACUGAAUAAAACUUCAUCCUCUGUGAAGAGCUCUUCCAUUGGUCUUACAGCUCAUUCCACCCCGCUUAAUCUCCAAGUAGCAAAGACGUCAAGCUCGGCACCAGCUGCCUUAUGUCCUGAGUCCCAGCCUGCAGUAUUCCUCGGGACAGGAGCCUCCAGCCUCACGCCAAGUGCACAUUGUGGUAUUUCGAAAAGACGAAGAGUAGCAGACGAACGGGAGCUGCGUGUUCCUCUUGAUUAUGGCUGGCAAAGAGAAACCCGAAUAAGAAACUUUGGUGGUCGUCUUCAAGGAGAAGUAGCAUAUUUUGCACCUUGUGGAAAGAAGCUGAGACAGUACCCUGAGGUAGUAAAGGGCGUGCAGUGGUGUCUUCUGAAGGAAGAGGAAGUCAUUCCCCGUAUCAGAGCUAUGGAAGGGCGCAGAGGACGACCCCCAAAUCCUGACAGACAGCAUUCCAGAGAGGAGUCGAGGAGCAGACGCCGCAAGGGCCGACCUCCCAAUGUUGGAAGUGGUGAAUUUCUGGACAACACUGACACAAAGCUUCUGAGAAAGCUCCAGGCUCAAGAAAUAGCUAGGCAAGCAGCACAAAUUAAGCUACUGAGAAAGCUUCAGAAGCAGGAGCAAGCACGAGCUGCCAAAGAGGCAAAAAAACAGCAAGCUAUUAUGGCAGCUGAAGAAAAGCGAAAGCAAAAGGAGCAGAUAAAGAUAAUGAAGCAACAGGAAAAAAUAAAGCGAAUCCAGCAAAUUAGAAUGGAGAAAGAACUUCGAGCUCAGCAAAUUUUAGAGGCGAAAAAGAAAAAGAAGGAAGAAGCAGCAAAUGCCAAAUUAUUGGAAGCGGAAAAACGAAUAAAGGAGAAAGAGAUGAGAAGGCAGCAGGCUGUUCUUCUGAAGCACCAGGAGUUGGAGAGGCAUAGACUAGAUAUGGAACGAGAACGGAGAAGACAACAUAUGAUGCUUAUGAAAGCCAUGGAAGCACGUAAAAAGGCAGAAGAAAAAGAGCGGCUAAAGCAAGAGAAACGUGAUGAAAAAAGAUUAAAUAAAGAACGUAAACUGGAACAGCGAAGACUGGAAUUAGAAAUGGCAAAGGAGCUAAAGAAGCCCAAUGAAGAUAUGUGCUUGGCAGACCAGAAGCCUUUCCCAGAGUUGCCUCGCAUCCCAGGCCUCAUUCUUGAUGGAGGCACGUUUUCGGAUUGUCUCAUGGUAGUGCAGUUCCUGCGUAACUUCGGUAAAGUUCUGGGCUUUGAUGUGACCGUAGAUGUUCCGUCCCUGAGUGUUCUUCAAGAGGGUUUGCUCAACAUAGGGGACAGCAUGGGAGAAGUACAGGACUUGCUUGUGAAACUUGUCUCUGCAGCUGUGUGCGAUCCUGGACUUGGUACAGGAUACAAGGCUAAAACUAUUCUUGGGGAACACUUACUGAAUGUUGGUAUGAAUCGGGAUAAUGUGUCUGAGAUUCUGCAGAUUUUCAUGGAGGCUCAUUGUGGACAAACAGAACUGACAGAGAGCUUGAAGACAAAAGCUUUUCAGGCACAUUCUCCAGCUCAGAAAGCAUCAGUACUUGCUUUUCUGGUCAAUGAGUUAGCAUGCAGCAAAAGUGUAGUAAGUGAAAUUGAUAAAAACAUUGAUUAUAUGUCAAACUUAAGGAGAGAUAAAUGGAUGGUUGAAGGCAAACUUCGGAAGCUUAGAAUCAUUCAUGCCAAGAAAACUGGUAAGAGAGACGCUGCGGGUAGUGGGGACGGAGGCGAGGAGCCCCAUUCCUUGGAGACCCCCACGCCCGGCCGCAAGCGCCGGCGGAAGGGAGGCGACAGCGACGACGACGACGACGACGAUGAUGACAGCGAUGAUCAGGCAGAUGAGGAUGAUGAGGAUGAAGAGGACAAAGAUGAUAAAAAAGGAAAGAAGGCAGAAGUUUGUGAGGAUGAGGAUGAUGGGGACCAGGCAGCAAGUGUUGAAGAACUAGAGAAGCAGAUUGAAAAACUGACAAAGCAACAAAGCCAGUACAGAAAGAAGUUAUUUGAAGCUUCGCACUGUUUGCGUUCAAUGAUGUUUGGUCAGGACCGUUACAGGCGCCGGUACUGGAUCCUGCCCCAGUGUGGUGGGAUUUUUGUAGAAGGCAUGGAAAGUGGUGAAGGUCUAGAAGAAAUAGCGAAAGAAAAAGAGAAGUUAAAAAAGGAAGAAAGUAUGCAUAUCAAAGAAGAAGAAUUUGAAACAGAAGAAAAAUUACAUUGCUUAGCUACAACUCACUGUGAGCAAAAGGAAAAUCUAAAAGAAAAGGACAGCACUAACCUGUUUUUACAAAAGCCUGGGUCAUUUUCAAAAUUGAGCAAACUGUUAGAGGUAGCAAAAAUGCCACCUGAGUCUGACACUAUGUCCCCAAAACCUAAUGGCAGUGCAGCAAAUGGCUGCACAUUAUCUUACCCAAGUAAUUCAAAAAACUCUCUCUGCAGUCUGCAACCCCCUGCAUCACAAAGCUCCGUCGAGAAGUCUGAUUCUAGUAAUCUUUUCAGUCCUAAUGCCAGUGGGACAGGAAAGUUUUACAGUUCUCCACUAAUUGCAAACGAUCAGUUGUUAAAGACUCUUAGUGAGAAGAGCAGACAGUGGUUCAGCCUGUUACCACGGGUGCCCUGUGAUGACACCUCCGUGACCCGUGUGGACACAGCAGCCACUGCAGCUCCACUCACUCCUCACUCACAUCCACCAUCGAAGUCACCCUCCCCUGUUCCAUCUCCUCUUCUGGGCUCAGCCUCUGCACAGAAUCCCAUGGGACUAAGUCCUUUUGCACUGUCACCGCUGCAGCAGAUGAAGACAGGACUACCUAUAAUGGGACUUCAGUUUUGUGGAUGGCCUACAGGAGUUCUUACUUCAAAUGUUCCAUUUCCAUCUCCUUUACCUGCUCUUGGAUCAGGGCUGGGGUUAUCAGAAGUGAAUGGUAACUCAUUCUUGGCAUCUAGUGUUCCUGCAAAAAGCGAAUCACCAGCACUACAAGCUGAAAGAAUAUCUUCUACCCCUUCUACAGCAGCUGAAGUAGCCAAGCCUGUAGAUUAUCCUAACCCAAAGCCUAUACCAGAAGAAAUGCAGUAUGGGUGGUGGAGGAUUACUGAUCCAGAGGACCUAAAAUCUUUGCUUAAAGUGCUGCAUCUCAGGGGAAUAAGAGAAAAGGCCUUACAAAAGCAAAUACAGAAACACAUGGAUUAUAUCACUCUGGCCUGCAUCAAAAACAAGGAUGUUGCAAUUAUUGAUACCAAUGAAAACGAAGAUAACCAGGUAACUCGGGAUGUUGUGGAAAACUGGUCAGUAGAAGAACAAGCUAUGGAGAUGGAUCUUGCUAUUCUUCAGCAGGUGGAAGAUCUAGAGAGGAGAGUUGCAUCAGCUAGUUUACAAGUUAAGGGUUGGCUGUGUCCUGAACCUGCAUCAGAGAGAGACGACUUGGUAUAUCGUGAACAUAAGUCAAUUACUAGAUUGCACAAGAAGCACGAUGGAGAUUGUGCUGGAGGCGGAGAAGGCAGUGCCAGCUCUCUAGAGCGGAGGAGUGACAACCCUCUAGAUAUAGCUGUAACCAGGCUCGCUGACUUGGAGCGGAACAUAGAGCGAAGGUAUCUGAAGAGCCCCUUAAGUACCACCAUUCAGAUCAAACUGGAUAAUGUGGGCACAGUUACUGUCCCUGCUCCUGCACCAUCUAUUAGUGGUGAUGGUGACGGAACUGAAGAGGAUAUUGCUCCAGGGCUGAGGGUGUGGAGAAGGGCACUGUCAGAAGCCCGCAGUGCUGCCCAGGUAGCUCUGUGCAUUCAGCAGUUACAGAAAUCAAUAGCAUGGGAAAAAUCCAUUAUGAAAGUUUACUGCCAAAUUUGUCGAAAGGGAGAUAAUGAGGAACUGCUGCUCCUUUGUGAUGGUUGUGAUAAAGGCUGCCACACCUACUGCCACAGACCCAAAAUCAGCACCAUCCCAGAUGGGGACUGGUUCUGUCCUGCCUGCAUAGCAAAGGCAAGUGGUCAAACGCUAAAGAUAAAAAAGCUUCAAAUUAAAGGUAAAAAAAGUAAUGAACAAAAGAGAAGCAGGAAAUUAGCAGGAGAAACAGAGGAUGAAGACUCUGCAACUACAAGUGUUGCCUUAAAAAGAGGAAAAACAGACCCUAAAAAAAGAAAGAUGGAUGAAAAUGUUUGUGUAAGCCAGUUAAAGCAAGAAAAUUGCACUGCUGUUAAGAAACCUAAGAGAGAUGGAGACCCCAAGGACCUGGCUAUAUGCAGCAUGAUUCUCUCAGAAUUGGAAACUCAUGAAGAUGCCUGGCCUUUCUUACUUCCUGUAAACUUGAAACUUGUUCCUGGUUAUAAGAAAGUUAUUAAAAAACCUAUGGACUUUUCUACUAUUAGAGACAAGCUAACUAGUGGACAGUACCCUAAUCUUGAAGCAUUUUCGCUGGAUGUCAGGCUUGUUUUUGACAACUGUGAAACUUUCAAUGAAGAUGAUUCUGACAUAGGCAGGGCUGGCCACAACAUGAGGAAGUAUUUUGAAAAAAAAUGGACAGAGAUUUUCAAAGUGAGCUGAAGCUACUAGAACUGUUUUUUCUUUUUUUUUCUUUUUUUUUUUUUUAAUUAAAUGAGGACUGACAAGACCAGCAAUGUGAACUAUAUUUACAUGGAAGUGCAAGGCACAUACGUAACUAAAUUUUUCCUUUAAAAUAUCACAGAGUUGUGAUACUAGUUUUAAAGGCUUCACUCCUACAGCAGCCAUGGCCCUUGGUUAUUGGUUUGUGUGUUUUAACAAACUAAUUUAGGUAGAACAGGGAAGCACACCCAAAGAAUUUCAAAGAAAGGGGUGUUAUAGUGCAAUAGCAAUUUAUCAAAACGCACUGAAUAUUCAACCACCAGAGCUCUACUUGGGAAAAUGGUUCUCUUUUCCCUUUCAAUAAAUAUCUAUUUUUCUUUUUUUUUACUUUGUAGUUUAUUUUUUAGUGAAUGUAUUUAAUUUUAUGAAUUAUUUAUGAUUAUACAGCAUUCAGAAUCUUCGUUUUCUGUGAAAAGGAAGAACUAGAAAAUUGCUUUAAAUGUUGAAAAUACAACAAGGAAUGUUUUAAAAUAUAAAACAAAGCCAAGUAAAACUGUUUACACUGAUGUGCUGUGAAGGCACUAAAAAUUAAACUUUACUGUAGAGUUACAAGUACAUUUAUAUAUAUGUUGCUGCAUCACUUGUGUAGUUAAAUUGUAUUUCAAGACAGUGAAGAAAAAUUGACAUGUAUAUACUGUUCAUUAUUGUUUAUAUUAAGUCUUGUUUUAAAUAUGUAUGAUGUGUAUAUAUUGUUUGCAGACAUUAUUGUUUAUGCCUUAGGAGGAUGGUAGCAUUUUAUUUUAGUCUUAAGGUAAUUAUAGCUCUAUGGCUUGUACAGUAAUUAUCCUCUACCAACACUGUGGAGUCUCCUUAAUCUUGGUAGUGCCUGCCUUUAAAACAGGGUGUAGGGGAUAUUAGUUUUCCAUUUUUCUAUUUUGUUAUAUAAUUUCAAGCCCCCACAGCCUCAAAUUCAAGUCUAAUCAUUUGUAUCCAUGUGGAAGAAAAUUGUGACAAUUUCCUACGCACACAGUAUUUUUUCAUAGAAACAUUUCCCUCCAUUUGCCUUGCCACAGAAUAACAAAAGAAGAUAUUUGUAACCACUGUGUUUUAUCUACUGUGUGUUGUGGUGGCCUGUUGGGGCAGAUAGAUCGGAAUUUUUUUUGUACUAAUGUAAGAGAACUUGAAGCUUUAUUUAAAAGAAAUGUUGUGGAAAGGUAGCAUUCUUUUUCUUUUCCUUUUUUAGGAGUGUUAUUUUUCACUAGUAUGUGUGGCACGGAUACAAUAAAAGACUGUUUUGCAAACCAGAUUUUCUUGGCAAUUUUAAUACUUCAGGUCCUGUGUAUACAGGUUGUUUUUUUUUUUGUUUGUUUGUUUUGUUUGCCGUAUUUUUUAGAUAAUAUCUUGAGAGUCUUGCAUUUAACAUUCAGUUCUUUUUAUGAUGCAUCUAAUUCUCCUGGGCUAUUAAUGGUAGCUCAUAAGGAAGAAUUGCCAAACCAAGUCAGGAAGCAGUUCCCUGCCUGUAAAUAAGAGGUGUGCCAGGCUGAUCACUGUUCUUACAGACACAGAAAUGCACACGUUUGGUCAUGUUUCUGAAAAACACUGGCCAUGUAAGGUUUUUUUCCCUUCUUUUGGUUGUAGAAGGACAUUAAUUAUAAUCCUUGCUCUCACUGAAGAAAGUACAGGAAUUACAAACAGAUAUUAUAUUGUGGAACCACAAUACCUGUUGUUGUCUCACAAAAUAGUGUUGGGAGGGGUGUUGGUUUUUGCUUUUAAACUAAGUCUGCCGUGUUUGAGUCUUAGUGCCUGUUUUUUAAUGAAUGUUUCCAUUGCUCCCCCCGGAAUAUCUUGUUCAGUAAUACUUUCCUUUAUUGCGAAGUCCUGUUAGAAUAAUCUGUUAUUACUUUGAAUAAAAAUAUCGCAUUUGGGUGUCAGAGAGUCUUGCCUGCUAACGUGAGCUCCCACACUGACUGCUCCAUGGCUUUCCUUUUCAUGACCUUUCUGAAGACUUCAGUAAAGAGAUUUCCUGACAUGUAC